UUAUAGUUCUACAUUAUUAAUUUUUCAAGGUAAAUAAAUGUUUAAUUUGCCACUUAGUGUACCAUUAACUGUUUUUAAUUUGUCAGCUGUGUGAACUUUCAGUUCCAACACUGCAGAAGCAAAUAUCCAAACACCACCUGAUUUCUAAUAAGGCAUGCAGAUCUUCUCAAGUAUAAAGAUAUCACUGAAUGCAUAGUGGGGAGACUGUCAUUGCUGCAAAUUUAAUUCAAUAGAUGUUUUCUUACUGUGAGUUUGAAGAAUACCUACUCCAGAUGGAUGAGCAAAACCAAAUGCUGAAAGAAAAAUUGCUAUCUCGUCUCCGGUUUGAACCAGACAAGACAGAGGUACUGCUUAUGGGAAAAGACAGGUAUAGUGCGUGUGAACCGGCUGACAGCAGUGAAAAAGACAACAAUGAACUGUCUUCCUCAGUAGAGAAGAAACACCCUAUUCUUCGCACAGCAGUUUACAGACCAAGAACAGAAAGGAAACACAAAGCAGCAAUAAAAGAGGAAGGCGUGUGUUUUGGAAAUGUACUCUCAAGAAUAUAUAAGGAGGGAAGAGAAGAAUCUGUUUGUCAGCCUACUGGCAUGUCAGAGCAUGAGACAAUGAAGUUAAAAAGGAGCACAACAAAAGCAGUGUCCUUAAUGUCAAAGAAUGAGAAUUUGAAAAAGACACUUCCCACAGCUUCUGAUUGCAAAGGAGUUCAGCAUGGUUUUGGCACACCACCUUCAUCUUCUGUACAUGAUAAUAUUAGGACUGAAAUGCAAACAGCUGGUUUGGAACCGACUUGCCAAAAAAAGACUUGUGAGCAACCAAAAGUUGAAAGAUCUUCUAAAAAACCUUUGAGAGCAAAAGUUUAUUCUUAUGAUAGAACAGAACCAAUUGAUGAUGAUGUUAUAAUGCAUAUUUUGAGGCUUCGAGGCAAACUUGGCUGGGAAACAAAGUUACCAUCAUAUGAAUGGUUAACUAGAGAGGCUGAUGUAGCCAGACUUCAGAAGUUCCCACUUACGAAACGUUUACAGCUAAAAGACAGUGGGGAAUAUAUAUAUUGUCUUCCACGAAACAGGAACAACUCUAAAGCUCCUUACAACACAUACGAUUUACAGGUUGUCUCUACAAAUACAGCUAUGCAAAACAAAGAAUACUGGACUGUGACAGCUUCAUUUGUGACUAAGGUAACAUAUUGUACAGCAUACAGAACAACAUGAACCCAGAGAUUUCCAUGGGAAGAACGUUUUUCUUUUAAUUUAUUAUCAUGUUGUGUUCCCAUUGCAAUUAUGUUACCUUCUUUGAAUGAGAGCUUACUGGUUCCUCCUAAAGACAAGUCCUCUGUUGGCUUUGAGCUGAACAUAGCUUAUCCUUUUGCUCAGGCAUGUGGUUAGAUCUUGAACUAUGGUAUCGUUCAAGACUAGGUGUAUCAGAAGAUGGGUAACUUAAAACUUGGCACCCAGUAAUCCGCGAACUAUCUGCAUUUCUGGGCAUAGUAAUGCGCAACAGGGAAUACACUCAUCCGGCAUGUUCUGAUCUCAGACAAGGGCAUACCCUCUGCUGAUAGUUGAAACUGGUAACUUUCAUGACUUACCUUUGCUUAUUCUGUUCUUUUGCUCUUUGCAUUGUAAAUAGGUACGCCCUUAGUGACUUACUGAUGAGUCUUUGUUUAGUUUUGGCAGCAUUAUCUUUUUUAAAAAAUAAAAGACCAAAGUUUAUUCUCUAUCUUCCAAUGACUUAGGCCUAUGUAAGGCUGCUGAGAGACUGGCUCUAAGCCACCCUCUCCAUUGCAUUGGCACUGGUGAUUUCAUGGCCAGUAUGUUGGAUCAUCUCACUAAUUCAGCUGAAAAUGAAUGAAAAUAAUUGGUAUGUGUAUUUAUCUGCUUGCCAGGUUAAUUUCAGUCAAAUUAGAGAGCUAAUCCAUCUCACCAGGAGCACAGAGUACUGGUAUGCCUAAAAGAAGCACUAAAAAUAAUACCUUUUAAGAGUAUGAGCACCACAUUGCAAGAUGUUUCAUCAGUUCUUAAAUGUCUUUGAAGACAACUCAACUUUGAAGCCCUUUUUCUCUUUAGCAUUAGUGAAGUUUAAAACUAGUAUGACACUAACUUUGCAUGGAAGAAGUGAUAAUUGCAUAAUUUACAUAAUUGGAUUGUUGCUGGAUGCUAAAGUUAAACUUUUUGUUGUAUGUAUGAGACACAUGAUUUGAAUGUCAGAAAAUUACAGACAUGGCUUAGGAACUGAUGCAAUUACUAUUGUUAAAAUGGGGAAGAUGUAUUUGCUGCCAGUGGAGGUACUAAGAUGUUAUAAAACCAGAGUGGAAGAAAAGACUAAAUGUUGGCAACCUGACCAGGAAAAAAAGGCUGCAACCUCAUUCCUUUGCCUUCAGACUGCUUGCUGUAAUACAUAAAUUUGAAGUACAAUCUUGAUUUAAAUAUAAAGCUAUUUGUUCCAAAACGUCUGUAAUAGAAGAUCUGCUACUUGCUUUGGCUAAACCAUUUGUUCGAAACAAUUAACUAGUGCUUAGUAGCCAGUCUUCUAUCUUUUAUACUCCUAUGAAAGAUAAUGAAGAUUUCUACAAAAGUACAUAUGCCCAUUGCUGCUUUACUGUAUCCUUGCCAGUCAGAAUCCAGUCCAUAAUCUGAAAAGGAAUUAUGCUAAUUUACAAUUCCUAAUUUUUACAUUCUUUC